CUUGGAAAACUGAGAUUGGUUAGCAUUCUCAGUAUAGAGUAGUUUAAAUUUCAUAGCGGCAAUAUUCGGAACAAUUGACCGUGUGUGAACAAUAGAACUGAGGCUUGUGUCCCAUGAACAAUUAUUCACUGUUAAUUUUGUACGCAGCGAUUAAUUGUUUCAAGAGGUGUUGGAAUCAGUUCUUUUCAUCGAAUCAGUGCGAACAAAUAAAAACAGGACUUUGAAAAGAAAAUCGGCAGUUUAUAAAACACGUGUGAGGGCGAAAUAAACUGAUAUUUAAGAAGCGACAUUGUGAGGCAGCAGCAAUAACCGGGCCAGCAAUAGCAUUAUAAUAACGGUGGUUUUAACUAUAUAGUGCAACGCGAAGGAAAUUUUGUAGCGGAUAGUGGGUAACAAUUGCAUGUGUCCGUGAGCAAAGAGGAAACAAUAGAAGAGCGUGUAAAAGACAAUUGUGUGACAGUAAGCACCAGUGAAAGAGAACAGUGAGCUAUCGGGUGAGAGAAGGUUAGCACCGGUUUUUGAAGUUACGCCUGGAGCAGAUUCAACAUCAGCAGAGCACCAUAUCGGAAGUACUGGAUCAGCACCGUAAGAAAAAGGUCACGUAAGUCGUUCUAUUGUUCAUUAUAUUUCCUAUUGUUUCAGUUUCUAUUGUUUGUCAUUUCCUAAGCCAUCAUGUCUUCUUUGAUCGGUACUGUCGACCAUUUUGUUCGAGGGUCUAGUUUUGCGCAAUAUAUGGAGCGUAUGGACAUACUCUAUCAAUUAAACAAUGUGGCAGACAAUAUGAAGAAAAGUCUUUUUAUAACUAUGAGUGGACCUGUGAUUUUUGAAGAGGUUAAAUUGAUUUAUCCUGGAAUGAAUGUUAAAGAUAUUGAUUACGCUGAUAUGAUUGAAAAACUAAAAAAUCGGUUUGACAAGAUCGAGCCAAAUAUGAUGCAUAGGCAUAGGCUGCAUAUGAGGAAGCAGGGCGUUGACGAACCAGCCGAGAAUUACGUGCUAGGGAUCAAACUAAUUGCGGCUCAAUGUGGUUUCGGUGCUCAUAAAGACGAGGCGAUCAAAGAUGCUAUAAUAUUCGGUUUGAGGGAUCAGGAAUUAAAACAAAAAUUACUCAUGAAAGAUGAAAUGACAGUAGAUGAAGUGGAACAAAUCGUUAUUAGAACUGAGUUGGCGAAAUUGAGGGCUAAAACUUUAAGCGGGGAAGAAGAAGCUAGAAGCAUAAAUUCGGUUAAAUAUCGUUUGGGUAACAAUAAUGAUGAGCAACGUUGGAAUUCGGGUAGAAACGGAAGGCAACAGACACGUAGGUUUGGAAAUGGAAACCGUAGCUACAGCGUAGAUAGUAACCGUAGUCGUUCUCCGGGUCGGGAGCAUCAAAUGGGCAGAAGCCAUUACAGGAGCCAGUACCGCUUAGAUAACAGUAAUUAUCGUUCAUCUUAUCAACAGCAGCAGCGUCGUAGGCCUGAAAAUGAAGACAUGCAUGCCAAUAUCAUUUGUAACUUUUGCAAAAAACGCGGUCACGUUAAACGUAACUGUUUUAAGUUAAAAAAUCGUAGAACGGUUAAUUUUGUUCAAGAAGAGGAAGUUAACUCUGUUCAGGAGCGGGAUCCAGAGAAAGAUGAAAGCUAUGACUUCAAGCGUUUGAGCAUUCGUGAACCAGAGGACUCGGAUAAUGACUUUGCAUGUAUGAUGAUCAAAUCGGGGAUUAGAGAUGGUGGACCUUGCGUAGUAGAGGUUGUGGUAGAAGGCAAGAUUUUCAGCAUGGAGGUUGAUUGCGGGGCAGCAGUAUCCGUAAUAAGCUUGGCCACCCACAAAAAAUAUUUUGAAAGUGUUGAAGUCGUGGAUUGUGCUAGUCGAUUAGUUGUAGUGAAUGGUCAGAGAUUGAAAAUACACGGAAAAUCACAGGUUGUCGUUAGCAUUAACAGCAUUGAGAAACAUGUCAGUUUGAUCAUUCUGGAUUGUUCAAACAACUUCAUGCCACUUUUGGGUAGAAACUGGCUCGACGUGUUUUUCCCACAUUGGAGAAACGCUUUUGUAGGCGUCAAGAGCAUCAAUUCGCUACAACCGGAGAUCAACAACCUUAACACUAUGGGUAAUUUUGAAGUGGAUAUUAAGGCAAGAUUUCCGAAAAGUUUUGAUGGUGAUUUUUCCAAACCAAUUAUAGGACACGAAGCAGAUUUAGUUUUAAAAGAUGCUCAACCAAUCUUUAGGAAAGCAUACGAGGUCCCGUUUAAACUUAGAGAAAAAGUUUUGGAGCAUUUGGACUCUUUAGAGCGGCAGAACGUGAUCACCCCGAUCCAAGUUAGUGAGUGGGCGUCGCCGGUGAUCAUUGUAUUGAAAAAGGACGAUGAUAUACGCAUGGUCAUCGACUGUAAGGAACACCUUGAAUGCACAUCGGUCGCAGUUGAAGCUAAUGGAGAAGAGGCCAACGGGAUCGCGAAUGAGGAUUCCUAUACAGCGUGUCAAGAGGCCGAGGGAAAGCAGUGAUUCCGAAGAAGAGUUUCUUGGCUUUCCGGACGUACCGGCGGUCCCAGGACGGCCAGAGGACGAUCGUAGUCGAUUCAAGCAGUUGAAGCGUAGUCCGAUCGUUACUAGAAGCAAAUCCCGAACAGAAACGAAUUGACUGUCAAAAUCCGAAGAGCUGAGACAGGACGCUGGCAAUGGUUCAAAGGCAAAUAGCAUUUGCGGUCUGAAGUUGUGAAGAUUAUGAUUAUGUUAUGCAUGCAAGUUGUGGAAUUAUGCAUUCGAAUUGAAAUUUUAUUUGAAUUAGUCUAAGAAUGUGUAGCAUGUGUAUGGUAUUAUGAAUUAGGAUCCU